GCCAGGAUGCAGAGUUCGGAUCUGGGCAACAGGGAGGAGGGCAAGAUCUGGCACCGCAAGCCUUCCCCGGCAGCGCAGCAGGGAGUCAUUGUAAAUAUUAUUCACAGUACCACAGGCUACCAUUCGAAGACGAUACGUUUUUUGAAUGUGGCCUUUGGCAGUUUGGGAGAUUCAUUGCUUGCUGGAGACCAUCAAGGGAAUAUCUAUGUUUUUGACUUGGUUGGAAAUAGGUUCAACCUGGUUCAGCGAACAACACAAGCUUGCACUGCUCUGGCAUUUAAUCUCCGCAGGAAAACUGAGUUCCUUGUGGCUUUGGCGGACUAUUCCAUUAAAUGCUUUGAUACAGACACCAAAGAGCUUGUUAGCUGGAUGAGAGGGCACGACUCUUCGGUGUCCUCAAUCUCAGUUCAUGGUUCCGGCCGAUAUGCCAUCACGUCCUCUGCGGAUACAGCCCAGCUUUGGGAUCUUGACACGUUUCAGCGCAAAAGAAAGCUGAAUGUUCGCCAGUCUGUGGGUAUCCAGAAGGUGUUCUUUCUUCCACUAAGUAACACCAUUCUCAGCUGCUUUAAAGAUAAUUCUAUCUUUGCCUGGGAGUUUGACACUCUUCGCUGCAAGUAUCAGCUGCCAUCGCCAAUAGAAGGUUCUUCGUUGCGCUAUAAAACCUUUGCUGUUACAAGAGACGGCCGUGUCCUUGCAGCCGGUGGCAAAUCAAAUCACCUUCACUUGUGGUGUUUGGAGUCUAGGCAGCUGCUCAGAAUAAUCCAGAUGCCAACCAGCGUGCGAGCUGUCCGCCACCUAGAAUUCCUUCUGGAUAGCUUUGACGGUGGCUCUAAUCAGGUUCUUGGCGUGCUGAGCCAGGAUAAUAUUCUGAGAUUUAUCAACGUACGGACAUGUAAGCUUCUCUUUGAUGUUGGCAGUCACGAAGAGGGAAUCAGCAUUGUUACCAUGAGCCCCAAUGGAAGAUACAUUGCAGCGGUAAUGGAGAAUGGCAGCCUUAAUGUAUACAGCAUCCAGGCUCUGACACAAGAAGUGAACAAGCCGCCUCCACCUCUGUUUAAAGUAAUUGAAGAGUCAUCGAAAGACACGAACAAGCUUACCGUGAGAGUGACAUCUGGAAUCUCAGCGAGGCCAUGGAAAUCAAAAGGGGGCAAAAUCCAAACCAAAGUGUUACGGCCACAGCCGGACACGUCGCAUGAGGAUAAAGAGAACGAGCUGCCGGACGGGCUGAACAAGAAGCGGCUGCUGGCCCUGCUGAAAGGAUUUGGGGAGUAUCCGGCCAAAUACAGGAUGUUUGUCUGGCGGUCCUUACUUCACCUCCCGGAAAAUCACUUGGCCUUCAGCAGCUUGUUAGAUAAAGGGACUCAUUCGGCCUUUGUGCACCUUCAGAGCGAAUACCCCAUUAAAAGCAGGAAACUUCUGAGAGUCUUACAAAGGACGUUAUCUGCUCUCGCUCACUGGUCCACCAUCUUUGGCGAGAUGCCCUACGUGCCGCUGCUGGCCUUCCCUUUUGUCAAGCUGUUCCAGAACAAUCAGCUCAUCUGCUUCGAGGUGGUUGCGACUGUGAUAGUGAAUUGGUGCCAGCAUUGGUUCGAGUUCUUUCCAAAUCCUCCCAUCAACGUCCUCAGUAUGGUGGAAAACAUCUUGGCGCAUCAUGACAAAGAACUGCUUCAGCAUUUAAUGAGUUACAAUAUAACAUCGCAGGUCUACGCCUGGCCUCUUCUGGAAACCAUGUUCUCCGAGGUUCUGACGCGGGAGGAGUGGCUGAAAAUGUUUGACAAUGUCUUCUCCAACCAUCCUUCCUACUUUCUGAUGGUGGUUGCGGCUUACGUUAUAUGUUCCAGGGCUCCUUUGCUUCACUGUAAUCAGAAAGAGGACUUUGAGUAUUUCUUUCAUCAUCGGAACAACCUGGAUAUCAAUGUUGUGAUCAAAGAGGCCUACCACCUUAUGGAGUGCACCCCGGCAGAUGUCCAUCCGCGCCGUAUGCUGGAAGACUUUGUGCCGCUAACCAAGGGACAGUACCCAAUAUUUAACAAGUAUCCCAAAUUCAUUGUGGAUUACCAGUCUCAAGAGCGAGAGCGAAUCAGGCAGGAUGAACUUGAGUAUCUAAGAGAGAGACAGUUGGUUCAUGAGAUAGAAGCUAAAGCAAUCGAAGGCCGAGUGGAGGAUGAAGCCUGGUACCGGAACCAAGAGCUGCUCCGUGAGGCUGAGGAGCAGAGGAGGAAGAUUCUGCUUAAGGAAGAGGAGAAACUAGCAGAGCAAAGGCGCAGGCUAGCUGCUGUGAAGAGAGAGCUGAAGGUAAAGGAGCUGCAGUUGCUGGAAGCCACGAGACGGCGUUUUCUGAAACACAAGCAAGAUCAGCGGGAAAUGGAGCUCAAACGACUCGAUGAUGAAAUUGCAAGAAAGACGUCCAUGAGAGAGCAAGAAACAGCCGCUACGGUUCAAGAUGUAGAAGUGCGGCAGAUGGAGCUCGAGACGCAGAGACGGCUUUUUGAGCAGAAACUUGUCAAAGAGCAGGAAAGUUUGACGCGGGAAGUCAAAGGGGAGCUGGACACGAGCCGGAAAAAGGUGGAUCUCGAAGAACGCCUGCUUCAGAGGCUGAUUGAAAUGGAGCCGGAUGGAGAACGGAGGGCUCGACUCCUGGUCGAAGAGAGUUUGGCCAAAGCCGAUCAAGAGCACACCGACACCGGCUGGCAAGCUCAGGUCCUGCGGAAGCAAAGGUGCGACGAUGUAGACCGUGGUGUCUGCUAUCAAGAGCUAGCCAAGCUCCUCCAUAGCAACAGAGUGACAGAGGCGGAGCUGCUUGACACAAUGAAAGAGGCGGAGGCCCAGAAAUGGAAGGAGGUUCUAGAAAAGAGAGAGCAGCUGGCAGCAGAGCAGGCCGUUACUGCCGCUUUGGAUGCCAACAGGAAGCGGUUUCUAGAGCGUGAAAUGAACGAUGCAAUAGAACUGGCUGGAAAGCUCCAGGAUGAAGAUGGCUAUUUUGAGAGACUACGCGAUUUGAGAGCCUCCCAAACCCGGCAAGGUUUGGAAUUUGAUCAGACACCCAGGAAGACUCAGUCACAGCCUGGCAACAUCUGUUUAAACGAUUCGUCAGGAGUCAAUUCAUCGACACAAUUCUCUUUAGACCGAGGACGGCAAAAUCUGGAAGCUAAAGAGCGGGAAUUGAUGGCAGACGUUAGACAGCUGAGGCAAAAGCUCAUGGCACAGGCUCGGGCAAAGUAUACCCCAACACCAGAUGCACAGUGGAGCAGCUGAAGGGUCACAAUCCGAUUGUAAAUAGAUGUUUUCACUAAGAUUUUAAGUAGCUGCAGCAAAUGGAUUGCAAGGACUGUUUUUAUACCACUCCGACUACAUCAAAUUAAUUUUACACCAAUCUAAAUGCUUUGAGAUAUUUUUGUACA